UGGUGAUGAAUUACUCUGUGUUCUUUCGAUAUCCUUGUUAAUCUGUGUUCUGUGUAUAUUAUAACCAAACGUUGCGGAUUAGAAUAUAACCACGUGUAAAAAGAAUUUUUAAUUUAUUGAAAUCUACGUCCAAAUGGCUGUAAUACAGAGGAUAAAAAAACCUACGACUCGGAAAGGUAAAAAAGUUUUACUUGCAAAGGAACCCAAACCAAUUGAAGGUCCGAAGCAAUGUUUAUUUCUUCAAGGACGUAAUCCUUCAGAACGCACAAGGAAACUCUUAAAAGAUAUUUAUGAUUUGAAGAAGCCUGAUGCUGCGUAUCUUAGUCGUAAAAAUGAUUUUGUUCCGUUUGAAGAUGCUUCGCUCAUAGAAAAAAUGUGUGACAAGAAGGAUGCAGCUUUAUUUGGUGUAGGAUCACAUAGUAAGAAGCGGCCACAUAACAUAAUAUUGGGCAGGACUUUUAAUUACAAUAUAUUGGAUUUAAUAGAACUUGGAGCAGAAAACUAUAAACCUAUGUCAGAAUUUCACAAUAUGAAAGUGCUAGCUGGUUUGAAGCCAUGUUUGUUAUUUAAUGGACCAGCUUGGGAUUUAAACCAGGAUUUGAAGAGGUUAAAGUCACUGUUCAUAGAUUUCUUCCAUAGAGAAAAGAUUGAAACAAUUAGACUGCAAGGAUUGGAGCAUGCCCUCAGUUUCACGGCUACAGAUGAAGGAGUGAUCUAUUUAAGGUCUUAUAGAAUAUUAUUGAAAAAGAGUGGUCAGCGAACUCCUAGAGUUGAACUUGAAGAAAUUGGGCCUUCCAUAGAUUUUAAACUCAGGAGAACAAAAUUAGCAGCUGAUGAUUUAUACAAAGAAGCUUGUAAAAUACCAAAAGAAGCAAAGACAGGUGUCAAAAAGAAUAUAUCUAGGGAUGCAUUUGGUUCUAAAUUGGGUCGUAUUCAUAUUGGAAAACAGGACAUUGGCAAACUGCAAACACGUAAGAUGAAGGGAUUAAAGAAAACACCAGAGGAAAGAAAACAGAUGCUGUUAAAAAAGAAGGCAAAAAAAUCUGUGAAUCAAACACAAAUAACUUCAAUAAAUUAAUAGAUUUUUAA